AUGUCUGAAGAUCUCCUGAAAACUGCAAAGGGACUUAUUGAGGGUGAAGGUGAAAAAGUCUUCUUAGCAUAUGAAGUAGAUAAAUAUCACCGUAAGAACCCUGAGAAGCACGAUAAGCGAAUACUUGUAGUUGGCGAGUACCGUGCCAUUUAUUUCCACAUUACUCCAAUACUUGAAAAGAGAAGAGAUUUCCAUUUGAUUGAUCUCAAAGAUAUGAAAUUGGACGAAGAAAAUAAUUUAGUUAUUUUCCAAUUCAGAGACAGAUCAGUUGAAACACAGCAGGCUGCAAAUCAAAAACCCGAUCAGACCAAACUUCCAGAGCCUUCUUUAUACCCAAUGAAAUUCAAACACGAAAAUGCAAGAGAAAUAAUUCAAACAAUUGCAAAUCACUUAAUUCGGAUUAUGCCAAACUCUACUAUUGAUCACAUCAAUGCUAGACCAUAUUCAAAUAUAGAGAAGCGCGAUAUCCCAGCUGCAGCUCUUUGCCGUCUCCAUGCCUUCGAACGCGUUCUUAAUUGCAAGCUAUCACCAGAACUUUAUAAACAAUUCGAAGACACACUUAAAUAUCGUCAUACAACAUUCAAAUUACCAUCAAAUACACCAAAUGCUGUUGCUUCCAUUAUUUUAGCUGGUCUUCAGUUAGAUCCAUACCUUGAACAUAUCAAGCUCACUUCUCAACUUGGAAAGAAGGAGGAAGAUACGACCAAAUUAAACGUUUUCGAUGCAGCUGCAAAGACUCCAAGCCGUUUCCUCCCAUGGAGACAUUUAACAUUCAACCAAAAGACAUACAAGAAAUUAACUUCAAUGCUCUUAACAUUCAACGAUAAAUUGGAGAAUUGCUUCAUUCAUGGCUUUACAUUUGCCAACUGCGGCUUUACAAAAUUCCAGAAGGAAACAGAGAACAAGUUUGAUGAAUUCUUUAACAGUAUGCAGAAGUUUAAGAAUCUCCAGUCUCUUGGCUUCGAUAACUUCCUUCACAACGACGAAUACAAGGAGGAAUUCUUCAAUCGCCUUCUUGUUCCAGUUAUUUGCGAGAAUCUCAAGUUCUUACGCCUUGGAUACGAUAAUUCCUUCCAACUCAAGACAAUUUUAAGCAAUGCAGCCCAUUUCCAGAAAUCGCUUGUUGCAUUAUCCCUUCCACACGAUGAUCUCGAGAUUUCCGAUGCAAUUUACGAAAUCAUGAAUGCAAAUCUUGCAAAUCUACAGGCCAUUUCCCUUCGUGCCAACUUCUGCAUGAGGACUACACCCACCACAGGCGAGCUCCCACCGAACAUCCAAGUUAUUGAUGUAUCCAAAUCUUAUUUCGCCGACAACUGCCUUCUCCAGUUCAUCAGAUUCAUUCUUAAGACCAAAUACACCCAUGGCCUUACUCUCAACCUCUCCGGACUCGAUUGCACAUAUCCAAAUGAUCUUCCUGUCAGCGUCGAAGAGAUUUCCAGAGUUUGCCAGUAUAUUACUGCUCUUAAGAACUCCAGGAUUGUUGGCCUCAACUGGUCCGACACUUCCAUCCCACAACCGUUCGUUGAAAUGCUCAGAAAACAAGUACAGCUCAAUACACUUUUCAUUGACGGUUGUCUCGGGCCACAUGAUGAAGAAAUCCUCAUGAACUUGGCAGAAGUCAUUGUCCAGCUUCCGAAACUCCGCAAAUUAUCAAUCCGCGGCAAGGACAAAUACGUUUUAGGUGAAAAACUCGUUCCUUUCAUCCAGAAAAUUGAAGAAUCGAAAUCCUUAAUUUGGUUGGACAUUUCCGAUCAACAAAUUGGCUCCAACGGUGUCAAUGCACUCCAGAAACUCAUUCCUGUCAUGAUAAAUAACGCACAGCCACAUUCCGAGAACUCAGGAAGCAACGAAAACCAAGAGAAACCAGUAGUCAAUGAAAACUCAGAAAAACCAGAAGACAUCAAGAUUCCAUUCAUUGAUUUCGAUGGAUCCGAUCCAGAUGCACAAGACUGCAUCAUGAACUUUGUUUCUGCUGCACAACAGACGUCAUCACCAUUCAUCAUCUCAUUCCCAUUGAGAGAUGCAACAAAACUCCAGUUGAACAUCCCCAAUCUCAUCAAAGAUUUCAACACUCUUUCUGGAGAACACUUGGAAGCAAACACAGGAUACGAGGAAUUCCCAGUUCCUUUCGAUACAUAUGUUCAUGAGAGUGAUUUGGAAGGCCACUUCCCAAGCUAUUUCUCAAAGGAAUUCGAGAAGUUCUUGCAGGAAGGAGAACAAAUCAUUCUUACAGACCAAGAGCCACAAACACCGAAAGAAAGAGAUAUCCAGCCAGAAUCAGAGACAGAAGAUGACAAGGAAAGACACGAGCGCCAAAAGAGAUUCAAGAACUUCUACUUGAACAUCGAAGAAGAAGAGGAAGACAAAUUAGAAUCUCCUAAGGAAAGAAAUGUCAAGAAAUCUGACUCUAGUUCAUCAUCAUCUGAUGAAGAAAUUGCCGAAGAAAAGAAGACAGUUUAUCCAUACAUUAAGGAAGAUCCAAAGGAUGAAGAGGCGGACAAGACACAGAUCGACUGGCCGGACUUCCCAAGUAAAGAUAAAGAGACAACAUUGAUGGAUAGAGAAGAAGUCAAACUCCAGAGAGAAGCACUCCUCAGUUCAAUGAAUGAAGAAGAGAAGAGGGAGUUUAUAGAGGAAGAGCGUAAGAAAUGGUCUGAAACACCAAUCGCUGAUGUAAUAGCAAGGACACAACGCGCUUUCAACUGCCAAGAUGCUUUAGAAAGACUCACUAAGAAAUAUAGUCCUGCUGUACUUCGUCAGAAUAUUCAGUAA